AUGCCCCUAUCGCUCUCAACUCGCCCCCCUUCCUGUCCAUGCCCCCAUCCCUCUCAUCACCCAUCCCCCAUCCCUCUCAUCACCCAUCCCCCAUCCCUCUCAUCCCUCUCAUCCCUCUCAUCCCUCUCAUCCCUCUCAUCCCUCCCUGCCCCCAUGCACCCAUGCCCCCAUCCCUCUCAUCCCCGCAUUACCCCAUCCCUCUCAUCACCCAUCCCCCAUCCCUCUCAUCACCCAUCCCCCAUCCCUCUCAUCCCUCUCAUCCCUCUCAUCCCUCUCAUCCCUCCCUGCCCCCAUGCAUCCAUGCCCCCAUCCCUCUCAUCCCCGCAUUACCCCAUCCCUCUCAUCCCUCUCAUCCCUCUCAUCCCUCUCAUCCCUCCCUGCCCCCAUGCACCCAUGCCCCCAUCCCUCUCAUCCCCGCAUUACCCCAUCCCUCUCAUCCCUCCGAUAGCCCCCAUACCUGCAGAACCAUACACUGCUCGCCCAGCUGAGAGCGUCAGAGCAGUCAGUGCACGGAACCGCCUGCUUCACGCCCAGCUGUGUGCAUCGGAGCAGUCAGUCCGCGGCUCACUCGCUGCCAUGAGCACUCCACCGCAGAUUUUCCUUCAUCACAACCCAACCUUCCCGAUCACGAGAUUCGCCAGCUUCGAACGUCCGUACCUUCGCCCUUUUUCUCCCCUUGACUUCGUGACUUACCUUCCGAUCACGAGAUUCGCCAGCUUCGAACGUCCGUACCUUCGCCCUUUUUCUCCCCUUGACUUCGUGACUUACCUUCCGUAUCCCUUCCCUUCCGACCUCCCCCCCUCGUUGCUUCUUCUGCCAGGAUCACGAGAUUCGCCAGCUUCGAACGAUCAUGAGAUUCGCCAGCUUCGCACGCAGCAGGACCUCCUCCUUCACGAGAAAGACAAGUUUCUGGUGGAGAUACAGCAGAUUCGGUCAGAGGCAGUUCUGCAGAGGAGCAUGGCGGACAAGUGCAUGCAGACGAACCACGCAAUCACCCAGGAGAACGCUCACCUCAAGCAACAACUGGAGGGCGUGCAGCAGCAGCUGGAGAAGGCAGAGGGCGAGCUUGUGGGGCUGGUGGGGCAGCACAACCCGAAACAGCGCAUUCACACGUUUUCCAAGGUCAAGGUGGAGAACAGCACCCUGAGGGCGCAGAACGAGGAGAUGGCAGCAGCAGUGAAGCGCAUGGAGGGGCGGGUGAAGCGGCUGGAGGAGGAGGUGGGGCGACACAGGAAGAAGGCCGGGCACGCGGAGAAGAUUGAUUUUGAUGAGGAGGCGAGGCUGCAGCAGCGACUGGAGGAGGUGGAGAGGGGAAGUGCUGACGUGGCACAGAAACUGCUCACUGUCUGCCAAGCUGUCCUCCAGAUAACUGAGGGUGCAGCAAACGACCAUGGAGCUGGUAUGGAUGGGCAUGAUACAGAGAACAGCGGUGAGAGCAGCAGCAGUACCAGCACCAGCAGCAGCGGUGGUGGAAGCAGCAAUCAGCGACCUCAAGUUCCAC